AUGGAACAGUAUCCAGGGUUAGGCUGGGAGACUGUUCAACGACUAGAGCAAUUACAAACAAUUCGAGAAUGGCUAGAAGAACAGCAAGAUAAAUUGGAGUUACUUCCAAAUGUUCUUGCCAUCAUUCAAGCAUAUCGUUCGGGCAACCUAAAGUGGACCAGAGGGCUAGUAACUUAUUGGUCAAAUGGCCACAAGUUGGCUGAGCCAAGGCCAUUUAGAUGGGACGAAUACAAAGACCUUAACCACGAACACCAAGGCCAUAAGGGAUUCUGGAUUGAAGGCUAUGAGGCCAUCAAGGGCAACCUGCCAAGUUUCCGUACCACGCCUUCUGUUCAUAAACGAGAUACAUCUCAAGUAGAAGCUUCAUGUGAUCUGCCUCCUAACAAUGCAUGCCCCGCCUUGGUUUGGGUUAUUUUAGGUGAAACUUACUCUUCGCUUACCUGGCUCUGA